CCCGGAGUGCCUUGCGUCUGCCAUGGCUGCCUCCAGCUGGCGCGGGGCUGUGCUCUUUCGAACCGUGUCGGGGCUCAGGCAGCCAGGUCCUGAUGCCGCGAGGGAAUGGAUGACCCGGCUCCCCUCUCUCUUGGGUUGUCAGCGGAGGUGCGUUUCCUGUGUAGCGGGCCCGACCUUCUCUGGUCCCCGCCUGGCUUCGGCUUCACGCCCUAAUGGCCAGAACUCAGCCCUGGAUUGCUUCCUCGGACUCUCUCAGCCAGACAACUCUUUGCCUUUUCGCGUCCCCGCCGUGUCCGUACACAGAGAUGAGCAAGAUCUCCUCUUGGUCCAUUGCCCCGACAUGCCUGAGAACCCCCGAGUCCUACGAGUGGUCCUCCUGGGUGCCCCAAAUGCAGGGAAGUCUACACUCUCCAACCAGCUGCUGGGCCGAAAAGUGUUCCCUGUCUCCAGGAAAGUGCACACCACUCGCAGUCAAGCUCUGGGGGUCAUCACAGAGAAAGAGACCCAGGUGAUCCUGCUUGACACACCUGGCCUCAUCAGCCGUGCUAAACAGAAAAGGCACCAUCUGGAGCUCUCUUUGUUGGAAGAUCCGUGGAAGAGCAUGGAAUCUGCUGACCUAGUUGUGGUACUUGUGGAUGUCUCGGACAAGUGGACUCGGAACCAACUCAGUCCCCAGGUGCUCCAGUGCUUGACCCAGUUUUCCCAAGUCCCCAGCAUCCUUGUUAUGAACAAGGUUGAUUGCCUGAAGCAGAAGUCCGUUCUCCUAGAGCUCACAGCCGCCCUCACUGAAGGUGUAGUCAAUGGCAAGAAGCUUAAAACGAGGCAGGCUUUGCGCUCACAGCCAGGCACUCACUGCCCUAGCCCAGCAGCUCAGGGCCCAAACCUACAGCCUGUGAGAGACCCUCAGCAGAUGGGCUGGCCUCACUUCCAGGAGAUCUUCAUGUUGUCAGCCCUAAGCCAGGAGGAUGUAAAAACACUGAAGCAAUACCUCCUGGCACAGGCCCGGCCAGGUCCCUGGGAGUUCCACAGUGAGGUCCUCACCAGCCAGAUGCCUGAGGAGAUCUGUGCCAACAUGAUCCGAGAGAAGCUCUUGGAGUACCUGCCCGAGGAGGUGCCCUACAACGUACAGCAGAAAACAGUGGUCUGGGAUGAAGGGCCAGGCGGGGAGCUGGUGAUCGAGCAGAAGCUUCUGGUGCCCAAAGAAUCACACAUGAAGAUCCUGAUCGGUCCGAAGGGGUACCUGAUUGCUCGGAUCGCACAGGAGGUGGGCCGCGACCUCAUGAACAUCUUCCUCUGUGAAGUUCAGCUCCGCCUGUCUGUGAAACUCCUCAAGUGACCACCCUCCGCUGUCUUUUCCAAGGCAUCCCCGCCCAAGCUGCUGGCGGGAGCUGCUAACCAGAACUGCCUGCAAGGCCUGGGGCCAGGCUUGGACACCCAUAGGCUGACUGACUGCUGACUGGCCUGGCCGAGUCUGCACCACAUCUGCCGUGUCAUGGCUUCCUGCUGGAGCCUUCCUCCUUUAACCUGCCUUAGCUGGGUUCCCAGGUGGUUCCUCUGCUUGGGGCUAUAGCUACUUGGGUCUUAGAAGCUGGCCCUUUGGUGCAGAGCACUGCUUCCCACUGGCUUCCCCAGGGCCCAGAGUCUCUGCGUUGCCAGUUGUCAGCCAAGAGGAAACCUUUUCCCUCUCCGCUCAGUUCGUCCACCUGGCAGCUGUGUAAGGACCCAUGUGUCCCCCAUCUACUCCUCAAAUCCUUGAUCCCUCCCAUGCCACCCCGUCUCCAGUCUCAAAUGUGAAUAAAGUUCAAAGACAAACA